AAGAACUGGGUUCACACUUAACCCAAAAAAACUUAUCCCAUCCUUCAUUUAUAUCUUAUCUUAGCUUCUCUUUUGUGGGGUCUUCUUUAAGAGCUUUGUAUGGUCAGUGAUCAAACGCCACAGCCCCAUUCAAGAAUUACAAAGUAUAUGAUAGUCAACUUUAUCAGCAUUAAAGAGCAUAAAAGUCACAAUCAUGUAACCUUUUUCUAAGUAAUUGAUAUGUAACCUUGAGUAAUUUCUACUCAUAAUUAUCUAUUUAGGAGCAAAAACCCACAAAAUAAUAAGAUAGUGCUCUGUGUUUGACUACAUCUAUUUGUGUGUGUGAUAUGGACAUGCAUGUUCGUACAGUUUCGUAUUCAGGGUGUAAUACUUUACAAGAAGUUAGCAAGCAUGAUCAGCAACCAUCACUAACUCACAAACUUCAAUAAUAAUAAUAAUGGUAAAAAUUAAACUAUAUCUCAAAUAUCUUUUUAUUUAUAAAAGUACAUAUCACUAACAUCUCCUAAGCGUUACAGCAAAAAUCAAUACAUUUCUUUUAAAAAUUAUGACAUUUAUGUCACUGAUUUUUCCAAAUUAAGAUGUCUAUGUAAUAUCAGCUAAACAGAAAAGAGAAAUAUUAGAUGCACUAUGAACAUCUUUCGUAAUUGAUAAAAAAAUGCCUUUUAUAUUAUAAAAAAUAGUGUAUAUUAAAAGUGUCCAUAAAAAAUAGUACAAAGGCUCGUUUCUUAACAGAAAAUCAAUAAGUUACCUAGUAAUAGUAAUAAUAUAAUAUUGAAUAGUGAUAUAUCUGAUGAAGGAUCGUAUUAACUUAAGCUACAUAUGCAUCACGCCAGAGCAUUGGCACUUCCCAUGCCACUAUUAUAUAAUAUAAAUCUUUUCGUGCUCCAACUUCCAAGUACUCACUACUGUACUUUCUCUCUUCUUUCUUCUUGCUAUCUCUCUCUCUUUCUCUCUCUGAGGUAGCACAAGCCAAUAACUAUGAAGGCAAAGUUUCUGAGAGAGUACCUUAACAAGUGUAAGAAACUGGUGGUGAGAGGAGCUACCAAUCCUUCUUGUUCUUCCUAUGAAUACUUCUGUGAAUGGUUUUUGUGGCCUUCCAUGCACAAAAGAUGCUCCAUUCCAAGUGAUGUUCCAAAGGGACACUUGGUUGUGUAUGUAGGAGAGAAUCGCAAGAGAUAUGUGAUCAAGGUUACACUCCUCAACCAUCCACUCUUCAAGGCCUUGCUUGAUCAAGCUCAGGAAGAAUACGAUUUCGUCGCCGAUUCAAAACUAUGUAUUCCUUGUGAUGACCACUUCUUCCUAAGUGUCCUCCAAUGUGCGAGCUCGCCGAAGAAGGAAACGGUGUUUGUUCGGCUCUGAGAAACCAUCAUGCUGUUUGAUCAAUUGUUACUUCUAACGAGUAUGCUCAUAUGUUAGCCAUGACUGAUAUCUUGUAAGUAUGAUUAUUGAGGCUAAAGUGUCAUGUAGCUCAGAGAUGUAAAUCAAAUUGAGGAACUGAGAUGAUCCUAUUCUAUUUCUCUAUCAUUUUUAUUA